AUGCCGAUCCAGCUACUACCCGCCUCGGCUGCUGCUUUUGCGCCCCGGUCAACUGUCAACGUUGUCUUGAACUCGAAGGCCGAGCCAUGGUUAACACAGACCCUGAAGCGCAUCAACCGAGUAAAGCGCCCAUUGAACAGCGUGCAGCAACACACACGAUGCCUCACAGAAAUCCUGUCCGGAAAGAACGCCAUCUGGUCACUGAGCUCCAUCAUGGUCCCUAAGGCCCCGGACUCGGAACUGCGCAGGGACUCCAACCCGCUGGUCGAAGCGCUGUUCAACUACCAGCUCAUCCACAUCGAGGCUUAUGUCGUACACGUCGACAUGGUGUCACAACAUGAGGUUGCAUUCAAGCUUACACAGGAGACCAUUGAUGCGCUUAUCGAGUACCACAAGGACAUCUACUCGGUCGAUGUUGCUGCCAGCACCUGGGACUGGGCCGAGAAGGAGCAGCAGGUCAAGAAGCUCCAGGACGGAUUCGUGCAGGCCGUCAAUCGCUACGUCUUCCGCACUGGCGCACGAGCGCUCGAGGGUAUGGAGGAGGAAGGCGCCGGAGAACUACUUGAGGGCCGAGGUGAGGACGUCAAGGCUGCCAUUAUGGGCUUGUUCCUGCCGCUCCUACCUCCUCCUCCCAGGAUCGUUGACGUGGUUCGUCCUGCUCCUCUGCUUCCCAGCACACCCGGUGCCGCCAACUGGUGGCAGCCGACACAGUACCUGUCGCCGCCCCAGAUGGACUCGUGGAGAGUCCUCCCCUCGACACCCAGCCCGACCAUCACCACCUGCAGUGAGCACUCACCCACUUACUGGACCACCAUGGGGACCCAGAGUAUGGAGCCCUUCCAGCUGCCGUCGCCCACACCGUCGUUUAGCCAGCCAUGCUACAACUCGACGAGUGCGUACUACAGUCCGCCUCAGGCAGUCGCACCGAUACCCUGCCUUCCUCUGCCGAGCGUGCUAGCCCAGCAAUGCGGGUCAAGCGCAGCGCACAGUGGAUUCGGAGGGUUUGGGUGGGACACAGGGUUCGCAACACAGUACGCAGCGUUCACAUAA